AUGGGGUGAAAAGCUUUAUUUGGCAACUAAUUCACUUAGCACAAGUAUUGGCUGAUCAAGUAUUGGGCUCAUCGAUUCGAACAGAUAAUCAUCAUGUCUUCCUCCACAAAGUACAACAAAACUAAUAGCGACACUUCGAAAACAAAAGACGGAGUCGCAGCCACCAACGAUAUAGUGGCAACGGACAGCGAUGUGGGUGUGGGGUCGGGGCACGCACCCUCAGGUCGCAACGAUGAAGCAGCGCUUCACUCAAAGCCAAGUCAGGCCUCUGCUUGGCCUUCCAAGUCCAGCCCACCUGACAAGGGCGAUGAAGACGACCAUGAGUCCGACUCUGACGAUGAUUUUCCAGAAUUUCCUGGAGGUAACCCAAGAGGCAAGGUUGUCGGGCCAGUAACAGGAGGGUCGGGGAGACCUGUAAAACCACGACCCAAGUAA